AUGUCGACAUACGCUGGGGAUACCUCGAUUUUUCACACAGGACUGAGAGCAAAGAAAUACCGGGACCGGAAACGUGAAUCAGAGAAACAAAAAAAACAGCAAGUGGAGGUAAAGACUACGCCGAUAGAGGGCGCACCAGCAGAUGCGUGCUCCGAAAAUGAGAAAUUGCCGAGCGAGCGGUGGGAAGAGGGGAAGCAUGAGCCGAGCGAGCGGUCGGAAGAGGGGAAGCAUGAGCCGAGCGAGCGGUCGGAAGAGGGGAAGCAUGAGCCGAGCGAGCGGUCGGAAGAGGGGAAGCAUGAGCCGAGCGAGCGGUCGGAAGAGGGGAAGCAAGAGCCGAGCGAGCGGUCGGAAGAGGGGAAGCAUGAGCCGAGCGAGCGGUCGGAAGAGGGGAAGCAUGAGCCGAGCGAGCGGUCGGAAGAGGGGAAGCAAGAGCCGAGCGAGCGGUCGGAAGAGGGGAAGCAAGAGCCGAGCGAGCGGUCGGAAGAGGGGAAGCAUGAGCCGAGCGAGCGGUCGGAAGAGGGGAAGCAUGAGCCGAGCGAGCGGUCGGAAGAGGGGAAGCAUGAGCCGAGCGAGCGGUCGGAAGAGGGGAAGCAUGAGCCGAGCGAGCGGUCGGAAGAGGGGAAGCAUGAGCCGAGCGAGCGGUCGGAAGAGGGGAAGCAUGAGCCGAGCGAGCGGUCGGAAGAGGGGAAGCAUGAGCCGAGCGAGCGGUCGGAAGAGGGGAAGCAUGAGCCGAGCGAGCGGUCGGAAGAGGGGAAGCAUGAGCCGAGCGAGCGGUCGGAAGAGGGGAAGCAUGAGCCGAGCGAGCGGUCGGAAGAGGGGAAGCAUGAGCCGAGCGAGCGGUCGGAAGAGGGGAAGCAUGAGCCGAGCGAGCGGUCGGAAGAGGGGAAGCAUGAGCCGAGCGAGCGGUCGGAAGAGGGGAAGCAUGAGCCGAGCGAGCGGUCGGAAGAGGGGAAGCAUGAGCCGAGCGAGCGGUAA